AUGAAGGGCGCUCAUAGAUCCGCGUCGCAACUAUGGGCAUCAGCCAAGCGCAAGCUCUUUCCGCGUGGUGACGAUGAUGAUUCUCACUUCUUGAAACUCGAUCCCCACUGUCAUUCUUACCAGGAGUCCGUGGAUUCAACCUUGUUUGGCGACUAUCAGGAUGGAUUCUACAAGUAUUCUCAGGAGCUACUGCAGAAACGUGGGGAGGAAAGCUACAAUCGACUAGCAGAAGAGAUGGGUCUGCGCUCGUCUGGUAGUACUGCAGUCUCUUACGCCUCAGCUCAAAUGGUUCCCAUCGAGCGGCCUUCACUUCCAUACACAAUUGGCCAUCCCGACUGGAGCCUUGUCAACGGCUUGGUCAGAUUUAUGGACUCCGCUGGUAAUGAGGACCUUACCGACUGGGUCAAUAGUGUAAUGAAUGUUUACACCAAAGUCUAUUCCAUUGCCAAGUUUGUCGUCGUGGUGUUUUACUUCUAUAAUGUUGACUUGGACGAUAACGAAGGCCUUCUGGCGCAUAUCCGACGUGCGGAGGAGCUCGUGGCAGCCGAGAGCAUUAAGGAUCUGGUCAGAGCUGUGGAGACUCUCUAUUAUGCCUUGUACUCUAGGCUCGUCAUGGAGAUCGCGAACGCCGAGCUAUGCUCCUACUUUCACCUCGGCAUUCCACGAGUCUCAACUGAAGACGGCUUCAUGCUUCCUGAGCAGCAUAGCACAUUGAAUAUGCUGUUGGUCUGUAAGGAAGCCCUUGACAGUCCAACCGUGUGUACUAUUUUUAGCAAGGAUAUCUUGCGCCAACAUCAAGCCGGGCUUGUCCGUCGUGCCGUGAACAUGAUCAUGGCGACUGGAUUCUCGCUGGACGACCUAGUUGGAUACCGUCGGUACACUCUGGCGCUGUUGGAGGAUCGAGCUUCUGAAUUUCGCCGAAAAUGGGACGGUCCGGGCCUUACAUAUCAGAUGCCCCCCAAGGAAGUUCUCAUUCUGGGGUCGGAAAAGUUCAUGUCGUUUGCCCCGAGGGAUGCAAUCCGCACCAAGAUUCCGCAACUACACCUAUCCUUUCUGCAAGAGAACGCGGUCGACCCAGCAGUGUGGGAACAGGAGGUCAUUCUCGGGCACCGGCAGGCAGUGCUAGCAAUCCUUGAAAGCAGAGUUGUCGGGGAGAUCAGACAUGCGGACAGCCGACGUGACCCAAUAAUCUAUGCUCGCCAGAGAAGAUGCACCUGUCGAUCAGCCUGCAGCUGUGCGGUGGCUUGUACCAUGGAUCCAGAGCGUAUUUGUCCUUGUGCCGGAUGGAACUUGACCAUCAUGUUGUUACGGGACCAUCGGUACUAUCCAAAUAUGAAGCUCGGGGACCGAUGCAUCAUACUCGCCAAGGCUAUCUUUGAGGCAAUCUCGACGAUCAGAAAGGAUGAGGAGGAUCUCUGCUAUCUUGCAGUGGAGAUGAGAGGAGCACUGACGGUCAUUGCUGACGAGGUGUACAAACAGCGGGCGGCGUCUGGCCAUUGA